AUGACCAGGGCAAACUAUACUUUGGUGACUGAGUUCAUCCUGCGGGGGUUAGCAGACACCCCGGAGCUACAGGUGGUCCUCUUCUUGCUUUUCUCUGGGAUGUACACACUGACAGUUUGGGGGAACAUUGGGAUGAUCCUCUUAAUCAGGAUGGACUCCCGCCUUCACACGCCCAUGUAUUUCUUCCUGGUUAACCUGUCCUUCGUGGACAUUUGCUACUCGUCCACCAUCACCCCAAAGAUGUUGGUGGAUUUAUUGUCAGAGAAGAAAACCAUCUCCUUUGCUGGCUGCUUUGUGCAGAUGUACUUCUUUAUCGCCUUGGCCACCACCGAAUGCCUCCUCUUCGGGCUGAUGGCCUACGACCGUUAUGUGGCCAUAUGCAACCCUCUGCUGUACCCCGUGGUCAUGUCCAGGACAGUCUGCCUGAGAAUGGCAGCAGGGGCUUUCACAGCGGGGCUCUUGAACUCCAUGGUGAACACAAGCUAUGUGAGCAGCUUGCCAUUCUGCAGCUCCAACGUCAUCCACCACUUCUUCUGUGACAGCCCCCCACUCUUUAAGCUCUCGUGUUCUGACACACACCUCAAUGAAAGCAUCAUUUCCACUUUUGCAGGAGUGAAUAUGGUGGGGGUUUUGCUGGUCAUCCUCGCAUCCUACUCCUACAUUCUCUUCUCCAUCUUUCGUAUGCAUUCAGGGGAGGGGAGGCGCAAAGCUUUCUCAACUUGUGCCUCUCACCUGACGGCUAUAAUUCUGUUCUUUUCCACUGCCAUCUAUACUUAUCUGAGACCCUCUUCCAUGUACUCUUUGGGCCAGGACAAAGUGGCUUCUGUGUUCUACACAGUGGUGAUCCCCAUGCUGAACCCUCUGGUCUACAGCCUCAGGAAUAAGGAUGUAAAGGAGGCUUUGUGGGAUGUAAUUACCAGGAAAAGGAUCCCAUCAUUUCGGUGA